AGCUUUGCAUCCUACUAUGGUGACCACAUGGUGCUGCAGAAGGAGCCGGCGGGGGCCGUGGUGUGGGGCUACGGGGAGCCAGGGACCGUGGUGACCGUGGUUCUCUCUGGGCAUGGUGGCCUUGUCCUUGUGAAGAAGAUGGCACAAGUUAAAGAACCUUCUGGGACAUGGACAACCAUCCUGGACCCCAUGGAUCCGGGUGGUCCCUACACACUGACAGCAAGGCAGGGCUCGGAGAACGUGACGCUGAGGGACAUCUACUUUGGGGAUGUGUGGCUUUGCAGUGGGCAGAGCAACAUGGCCAUGACAGUCCUGCAGAUCACCAAUGCCAGCCAGGAGCUCGCUGCCGCCUCUCGCUAUCCCUAUGUCCGCGUCUUCGCCGCGGCUCCUUCCCGCUCUGAUGUCGAGCUGGAGGACCUGGAGCACGUUGACUUGCCAUGGUCCAUCCCAACAGCUGAGAACUUGGGCCACGGGAAUUUCACCUACUUCUCGGCCGUCUGCUGGCUGCUGGGACGUUACCUCUAUGAAGUUCUGAAGUACCCCGUGGGGCUGGUGGAGGCGGCCUGGGGGGGGACCCCCAUCGAGGCCUGGUCUUCCCCAAGGGCUCUGAGGGCUUGUGGGCUCCUGGAGGACAUGGGGAGCAUCUCCCCACGCCAGCAUUUCUCCGGCCCUCAAACACCCUCCGUGCUCUGGAAUGCCAUGAUCCACCCGCUGCUCAACAUGACGCUGCGGGGGAUUGCUUGGUACCAGGGCGAGGCCAACGCCUUCCUGCACACGGACCAGUACAACUGCACCUUCCCUACGCUCAUUGCUGACUGGCGCCGGGAAUUCCAUGCGGGAUCAGCCGGGCAGACGGAGCCGCUCCUCCCCUUCGGCUUUGUGCAGUUGUCCACCUACCGCCGGCAGAGCCCCCAGGACAGCUUUGCCCGGCUCCGCUGGCACCAGACAGCCGAUGUGGGGGUCAUUCCCAACGCCAGGAUGCCUAGAACCUUCAUGGCCGUGGCGAUGGAUCUCUGCGAUGAGCAUUCACCCUACGGCAGCAUCCACCCCCGGGACAAGCAGAACGUGGCGCAUCGUCUGCAGCUGGGCGCCAGGGCUGUGGCUUAUGGGGACAAAAACGUGGUUUUCCAGGGGCCAUUCCCGACCCGGGCUGUCCUGGAGGUCACCAGGGCUCUGCUGAACAUCACCUACAGCCAGCAGCUUGUCUGGCACCGGAGGGACAUGCCAGCAUUCGAGGUGUGCUGCUCCAGCCCGGUGUCCUUGUGCGGGUGGCUCCCAGCUCCCGUGGUGGCAGUGGGGUCCCACACGGUGACACUGGCCCUGGUUGGCUGCGGGACACUGGUGCUGGCCCUGCGCUAUGCCUGGGCUGAGUGGCCCUGUGAGUACCAGGCCUGUGCCCUCUAUAACACCCAGGGCCUGCCCGCACCCCCCUUCCUCCUGGAGACCCUGAGGAGCUCCAGCAGAGCUGGGGAGAUGGAGCUGCUGCUCCGCCACCCCGACUCCUCGCUGUCCUGGGGGAUUUAG